AUGGAGUUCUUCCUACUGGAAUAUUUGACGUUCAAGAAUAUCUGUGUCGCUGUUGCUUUCUUGUCGAUUCUCAAUCAACUGAUUGAACUUUAUCAGUUCAGGAAUAUGCCACCGGGACCUCGUUUGACAAGUUUGCCGUUCAUAGGAAAUUUGAUGAGCUUUGACUCAGGGGAAAGUUUCGGUGAAAUAACAGCAAGCUUGAGAGAAAGAUAUGGCACUUUGUAUUCCAUGAAGGUUGGAAGUUUUAAAGUCGUGGUUGCGGAAGAUGCUAUAUCAGUCCAAGAAGUACUAGUGAAAAGGUCUGCUGAUUAUGCUGGGAGACCUCCGUUUCACAGUUACAUGGUCGACUCACUUGGUGGAAAGGAUAUUGCUUUUGGAAACUAUGGUCCAGCCUGGAGAUUUCAUCGUAAGCUCUUCAUGGCGGCUAUCAGGCGGUAUAUAUCCGAUCAAAAAUUGGUGGAAGAAAAGAUCUCCGAGCAGGUGAUAAGGCUAAUGCAGUACUAUGAGGAUCAAAAUGGAAAUGACUUCGACCCUGGAAAGAUAUUCAUGGAGAGCGUUGCAAAUGUGAUAUGUCAAAUCACAUUUGGGAAAAGUUUCGAUUCUUCACAUCCAGAUUUUGAGGAACUCUUGCAGUUGAAUAACAAGGCUUUUACAGAAACUGAGACAAAUUCUCAAAUCUUCGUCUUAGAUUUCUUUCCAAUAGCCAAGUACUUUCCUUUCUCUGGGUAUCAAGCAGAGCAGAAGAUCGUAGACCGAAUGUUUGAAAUUCUCCGCCAACAGCUACAGUUACAGGAAAAUGAGUUCGAUCCAGAAGCAGAGAUCGAGAGUCUCAUUGGAUGUCUUUUGAAAGAGAGGAUUACAGCUGAAAAUGAGGUCGACUCGAAGGAGAGAGCAUCCAUCCUAUCGGAGGACUACAUAAUCAAUAGCGUAGGAGAUAUGUUUAGUGCAGGUUCUGAUCCUGUCACUGCUGCCUUACGCUGGGUCAUUGCAUAUCUUGUGCACCAUCCUGAGUGCCAAGGGGAUAUACAGAGUCAGCUAGACAACGUGGUCGGAAGAAAUCGCGUGCCGGGUCUGGAUGAUCGCCCAAAACUACCUCUUAUUAUGGCCACAAUCAUGGAAUCACUUCGCCUUGGAAAUGUUGCUCCGACAACUCUUCCACAUUACACUCUCAAGGACACGACGUUGGCCGGCUACCACGUUCCAAAGGAUACUGUAGUGAUGGCCAACCUAAUGGCCGUUCAUCUUGAUCCAAGCAUUUGGGAGAACCCAAACUCAUUCAACCCUCGUCGUCAUAUUGACUCUGAUGGCCAACUUAUCACCAACUCUGGCAAUUUUCUACCCUUCUCAGCUGGACGCCGGGUUUGCGCUGGCGAGGCCUUGGCAAAGGUCGAAUUGUUCCUGUUCUUGUCAUGGAUGCUGCACAAGUUUACAUUUUUGGCACCGGUGGAUGGUAGCCUACCGGAUCUAAGAGGGAAGACUGGUUUCUCCCGCUACCCGGCUGAUUACAAAAUCAGGGUUGUAAAACGCUAGUAAUUGCGAUUAAGAUGACGUACUCUUGAACUAUAUUUGCACUUAAUAGCUUUUGAGAGGCUGAAAAAUAUAUCAAGCUUUUAAGACUCUCUAUCAUCAGAUUGGUAUCAUUGAUGCAAAGAUCGAAAUCUAGAGGAAUUCUAAGCAUGAAUCCUGUUAAACUGCCAGAUGACUUGGAAAUUUAGAUAAAAUUGUGAAUAUUGCUUAUUGUUAGGGGUCACUAAAUCACUUUAUUUCCCCUUAAAUGUGUGAGGACUUUGAAGGGUUCAAAGGGUUGACUUACUCGCUAACGACAUUUGUUAAAUGUCUCAUUAUUGCAUUACAUUUUUAGCUUGCAAAGCUCACCAAUC